GAUCACUGCAUGUAUAAAUAUUGGAGUGCUGAGGUAGGGUUGUAGUUGACACAGUUUUUCUGAUUGUCUUUGUAAGAGAACCCAACAAAAGGCUGGUGGAACAAGAUGAAGCUCUGCAUCCUGUUUGUGCUCGGGACCCUGGUGGUGCUCACUGACGGAAUGCCGCCAAUCAGCAGGGACCUCAACACACACUGUCGGUGUCUGCAGGUCGAGUCAAGGAUCAUCCCUCCGGAAAACCUGAAGAGCAUCAAGCUGGUCCCUGAAGGGCCCAACUGUGCUGAAUCAGAAGUCAUAGCCAAUCUGGUGAGCGGGGAGAAGGUCUGUCUCAACCCUCGGUCCAUCUGGGUGAAGAAGCUGGUCCAGUUUGUUCUUGAGAGACAGGCGCAGGGAGUCCAUCCCAAGAAGAAGGCAUAAGGAUUAUGCUCCAAUUCUUCAAUUACAAUUACAUCUGAUAUCUACAACCAUGAGCCAGAUUAUUAUACAUUUAUUUGCUAGGUAACAUUUUUCACCGUAUAAUUUUCCUAACUUCACACUUUUUAUUUAUAACUUUGAUUUUCUGGUUUUUCAGUAUUUUACUUUUUUAUGACGUUUUAUAUACAAACACCGUAUGUAGCAAAUAUGUAGCUUUGUAACAUGAAACACUGAUUUUUUUGACUGAAAACAUGUUUUUAUUCAAACUCUUGUGCAGUAGCAAUAAAUCAGAGUGCACUGUAAGUGAGAAAACCACCCUGAGAAAUGUGCUGUGAAGUUUUUAAAAAAAUGUCAGACUUUAAUAAACUAUUGCUUGUU